AAGAAAUGGUGUUCGCUCUUUCAACUUUUCCCUCCCAUUUUCCAACGGCAAAAACCGCCAUCCCCAAAUUCCCAGAAAAUCCGAAAACCUUGAUUCUCGAAAAAUGCAAGACAACCAAAGACCUCAACCAAGUGCACGCCAGCUUCAUCAAAACCCGCCUCCUCCACCACCCCGCAGCGGCGGAGCCCCUCCUCGAGGCGGCGGCGCUCCUCCUCCCCGACUCCACCAUCGACUACGCCUUCUCGAUUUUCCGCACACUCGAACACCCCGACGCCUCAGCUUACAACAUUAUGAUAAGGGGUUUCAACAAAGAGCAAUCUUUUGAAAAAUCCAUUCUUCUAUUCAGGCAACUGAUCCAACAUUUUGUGCGCCCGGAUCCGUUCACUUAUUCCGGCAUUCUAAAAGCGUGUUCGAAGCUCGUGGCUUUAAAGGAAGGCGAGCAAAUUCACGCCCACGUUUUGAAAUCAAUGGACAAGCUUGAUCGUUCGGAAUUUGUUGAGAAUUCUUUGGUUUACAUGUAUGCUAGCUGCGGUCUGCUCCAAUCUGCGCGCAAAGUGUUUGAUGAAAUGUCUGAGAGAAGCCCGGUUGCGUGGAGCUCGAUGUUUUCGGGUUAUGCUAGGUGCGGCCAGUGGCAAGAAGUUGUGGGACUGUUUAGAAAAAUGAGAAAAUUAGGUAUCCGUUUCAAUGAAGUGACUUUGAUUAGUGUCUUGAAAGCUUGUGGGAGGCUGGGUGAUUUGGGGUUGGGGGAAUGGAUUGAUGAGUAUGCUGCUGCUAAUGGGCUCUUGAAAAAUGAUAGUUUGAUCACUUCUCUUGUUGAUAUGUAUGCAAAGUGUGGUCGUUUGGAAACUGCAAGGCGUUUGUUUGAUAGCAUGUCUAAUAAAGACGUGGUUGCUUGGAGCGCGAUGAUCUCUGGUUAUAGUCACUCGGAUCAAUGCAGAGAGGCCCUCGCCCUGUUCCACGAUAUGCAGAAUGCUAACGUUGCACCAAAUGAGGUGACGAUGGUUAGUGUGCUUUCCUCUUGUGGUGUUCUUGGAGCUCUUGAAACUGGAAAAUGGGUUCAUUCUUAUAUAAAGAGGAAGAAGUUGAAGCUUAGUGUCAAUCUCUCAACCAGCUUGAUUGAUUUCUAUGCAAAAUGUGGUUGUGUGGAUGCAGCACUCGAGGUGUUCCACGGGGCACCUUGUAAGAACGCGUGGACGUGGACAGCGUUGAUUCAAGGUCUUGCUAGUAAUGGACGGGGAGAGAUGGCUCUCAGAUACUUCAACUUAAUGCUUCGAGAGAAAGUUGAGCCGAAUGAUGUGACAUUCAUCGGUGUGCUUUGUGCUUGCAAUCAUGCCGGUUUGGUUGAUCAAGGGCGAGGCUACCUGGUUGGUAUGAGCAGAGACUUUGGGAUUGAGCCAAGGAUCGAGCAUUAUGGUUGCGUGGUUGAUAUGCUUGGCCGGGCAGGGUUGGUUGAGGAUGCACACGAGCUCAUAACAAGCAUGCCCAUCAAGCCAAAUGCAGUGAUAUGGAGAACUCUGCUUGCAUCGUGCAGGUUACACAAAAUACCCGAGAUUGCAGAGGAGGCGCUAAAGCAGGUCGUCAGAUUGGAGCCCGCGCAUAGUGGGGAUUACAUACUUCUUUCGAGUGCGUACACGUCUGCAGGCAGAUUGGAAGAAGCUACAAAGUUGAGAGAUGAGAUGAAAAGGAUGGGAAUCAAGAAGAGCCCCGGGUGCAGCUACAUUGAGGUGGAUGGCAUUGUGCACGAGUUUCUGGCUGAGGAUAAGGGGCAUCCACAGUCACGUGAGGUGUAUGAGGCAGUGCACGAGGUGAUGGAGCGGAUCAAGAGGGCUGGCUACGAGCCCGAUGCAAUGCAGGCGAGGAUGGAAGCAGAGGAAGAUGGUGACAAGGAGGCUUCUGUUUCUCAUCACAGUGAGAAGUUGGCUAUGGCUUUUGGCCUAAUUCGGACGUCUCCAGGAACUACAAUUAGGGUUUCCAAGAAUCUUAGGAUAUGUAAUGACUGUCACAAUGCUGCAAAAGUUAUCUCUAAAGUUUUCAGCAGAGAGAUUGUUGUUAGAGAUAGAAGCCGCUUCCACCACUUCAAAGAUGGAUCUUGUUCCUGCCAUGAUUUCUGGUGAUGUAUGAAAAUUAUUAUCAUGAUCUUGAUUUGUUACGAUUAUGGAUUUUCAUUUCUUUGAA